GACCUUUACUGUGUAAAGCGCUUUGAGUAACCGUAGAAACGCGCUAUAUAAAUCCACUCAAUUAUUAUUAUGUUUGUUACAAUUAUCACAGGACAAAAAAAAUGCUACUGAAUGUUGUGUACAUUUGUUGAAUAGCAUCCAAGCUUGCCUCCCAUUGGAUAGAAUUAGAGCAAUUGGUCAUGGAUUUUAGUGAUGUCAGUAGGUACUGCUUUUUUACCGUGGCAAUUAAUGAGAUUGGGCAAUGCAUUUUGUCAUUGGACUGGGCAUCAGCGUGUUGAAACAGCUAGCAAACUGAGGCUACUCGGGCACACCGACGACUAAGGAACGUGAAUACUUCUUUACAUUGGAAGAGGGAUCAGAUGAAUGAGUCACUCCAUGGGGCUCUAGAGAGGAACGUUGUCCACCUCCGCCGUCUCCCUCACCCUGUUCAGCGUCCCCUCUACAGACAUCAUCAAAUAAGCUCUAUCUGAAUGCCACUUUCUAUGGGMUUGGAUUCAGUACAGCAACCAGCAGUGAAGAGAGCCAAUCUCUUACAAAGCCGCAUUUUGCCACGGAACCUUAUGAAUUGCUGUCAAAAGUGCCUCGAAAGAACUAAAGAAAACCAGGAUUUGUCCUUCAUAUAUAGUGCUGCUGUUUUGAUAGUAGUKCUCUGAUUGACCAUAAAGGGAAGGACAGUUGCAUCAGAGCGGACAGGACCGUAAACUACAUUAAGGCUUUAGGGGACAGUCAUAACUUCUCUCUCCAUACGAGCCGACGACCAUGGUCCCCCAGAAGGCUGACUUGACUGUUUUGCCAUGUCAGGAUGUGGUGGCGAUGCCAGUGAAGAAGCAGAGCAGUGAGAGGGACGAGGAGAGUCCUGAUGGGUCUCUGGGUGAGGGUGCUGGGGGGGAACGUAUUCCCCUGCGCAAGUGGGUCAUGCAUGGUGCUGUCAUGUUCGGACGAGAGUUCUGCUACGCCAUGGAGACAGCCCUGGUCACACCAGUCUUACUGCAAAUAGGACUUCCAGAGCAGUACUACAGCCUGACYUGGUUUCUUAGUCCCAUCCUGGGCCUSAUCCUCACCCCUCUCAUUGGCUCAGCCAGCGACCGCUGCACCCUGAAAUGGGGCCGAAGGAGACCCUUCAUCCUGGCACUCUGUGUGGGGGUGUUACUGGGCGUUUCUCUCUUCCUCAAUGGUUCCCUCCUAGGAUUAGCCCUCGGGGACGUUCCCAGCAGGCAGCCCAUUGGGAUAGUGCUGACCGUGCUGGGUGUGGUUCUACUGGACUUCAGUGCAGACGCCUCAGAUGGGCCUAUCAGAGCCUACCUGUUGGAUGUAGCCGACACAGAGGAGCAGGACAUGGCCCUCAACAUACAUGCCUUCUCUGCAG